AUGGUCCUCGAAAAUGAUAAUGGUGCUAUAGAGCCGUUGCUAAGAAGCGGUCGCGUAAAGCUGCCAUCUUCCGCGGCUAACGUAGCGUACGGUCGCAACUCGGGGGAGCAAAUCGAGAGAGAUGAGAUCUACGAGACAAAAAGUCGACCUCUGCGGGAAUCGUACAUAAAUCAGUUGGGUUACACGCCCCUCAUUUUCAAGAAAGUGAAGAAGAUUGGAAGUUUUAUCACCUCGAUGUCACCGAUGCGUACCCAAAAGCCUGAUGAUCGCGACCUGCUAAACGAAUCCUCUCCGUAUCAUUCAUCAAUCAUACCUUCGAAGGGCUCGAUUCGCGGCUCAGUCUUUAAUUUGGCUGGUGCUACGCUUGGCGCGGGGGCACUAUCGCUACCGUAUGCAGUUGCAGUGUCUGGCUUGGGAUUUGCUGUAGCACAACUUGUGUUGGCAGCGGUGCUAACCGUGUACACGAUACGACUGCUGAUUCGCGCAGAGGAUAUUACCAAAUUAAAGUCGUACGAGGAUUUGGCCAUGCACUGUUUCGGCACGAAGAUGACGAUCUUUGUGGAGGUGAAUAUCCUUAUUUUCUGUUUUGGCAUUUCGGUUGCAUACCUUGUGACGCUAGGAGACAUAACCACGCCGCUAGGCGAGCUUUGUUUUGGGCCGCAGAGCAUAUUUGCCCAGCGCUGGGUGCUCAUGAUGAUAUCAUGUGGAACGAUCAUGCUUCCGCUAUCUUUAAUGAAGGACAUUAGUAGUCUUCAGUUCUCGUCGAUAUUGGGUGUGCUCUCUAUCAUCUUCCUCGUUGUAGCGGUUGCCAUUCGGUCAGUUAUGUACGCUACUACCAAUGGCAUCCCAGAGGACGUCAGCUGGACAAUCGACCUCAGUCGUGGCCCAGACUUUAUGCUCAGCGUGCCCAUUGUCAUGUUUGCAUUCACCUGCCAGGUCAAUGUUUUCUCAAUUUACACGGAGCUUCAGCGCCCCUGCAUUCGUCGAAUGAACAAGGUGGUAGAUCGUGCUACGAUGAUUUCUUUUCUGAUCUAUUUGUCUAUCGGUGUGGUGGCAUAUUUGGCCUUUGGACCUCAGCUCGCGGACCCAAAGUACAAGGGCAAUAUUCUAUUGAGCUUUCCGCUGAACGACACCUUGAUAGCAAUCAGCCGAGCUGCCAUUACUUUCACCGUGGCCGUGGCCUUUCCGCUGAAUAUCUUCCCAUGCCGCUUCACCAUAGACAUGAUGUUUUUUUCCGCCGCGGAGGACUCGUGGCAGCGUCAUGUGGCCGUAACGAGUAGUCUAGUGCUAUUGGCGCUGUUGUUAGCCAUCUUCUGUCCCAACAUUAACGUGGUUUUUGGUAUCAUUGGCGGCACAUGCUCCACCGUCGUCUGCUUCUGUUUCCCUGCCGCAUUCAUUUUGAAGCUCGAGGACGGCCCGCUGCUUGGUCCAAAAAAGAUCGGCCCGGUAUUACUGUUCAUUGGUGCAAUCGUUAUUGGGUUCAUGGGAACAAGUGUCACGGUUUGGUCUAAUCUGCUCAUGCUAUCUGGAUCUGCUUGA